AGCCACGUCGGAUACUCUGCCUCUCCUGGGUUGUUACAUGGUAGGUUGACGUGGGCUCACGCAUCGGGGUGAGGAACUGGACACGACACAGAGAGUACCUGCCAUUUGCGACAUCUGUUCUGUGGGUGAAAGUGAGCCAACGACGAGAACCGGAAAGCAGCAUAUGAGAAGGUACGCAUAAGUUGUUUGAACGUAGAAGGUUGUUCUAAUGUCGACUUCGCGAACAACUUACAGCAAGGGCUAUGAAUGGUGGACCCACAACGAUCCACGAGAUGGUACGGAUCGGACGAGGCCGGGGCGAAUCUGUCAGCGACAAAGCCUGCUGGCCACGCCGCGCAGUGGCCGUGGCGCGGUCACCGGUGGCGUCAUACCCGCCACUCGCCGGCGCGGCCUCCUCGUCGCUCGAUCACGAUCUCAUGGAUUCAUCGGCCCCUUCUGCUCAGCCUCCAUCCCACCUUCACCUCCUACUCAUGGCGCCCACUGCGUGGCAUAUCCUUGGAAACAUGCCUAUCAUGCGAUCGGCACCUUCAGGGCUGAGCUACCGUCAUCCGGCGGCGGUGGUGCACUUCGAGACGGUACACGCCGUGAGCAAACGGUUGUGUCGACGCACGCUUGAACGACCCGGAUACCAUCGUAGCAAGCACAGCAUUCGUCAAUCGGGAGUACAACGGAGGCCGUGCAGUAUAUCGUUGCAGGGAAGAGGUAGAAGGGGAGGGGCUCCAGUGCGACAAGUUCUCCAACACAGCCAAGUACUGAACACUUUUCCUUGCCCCACACUCAACGAUCAUCGUGUGCCCCCCAUCGGUCCGAGUACCGUCGAGGCGUCGAGAACAGCUGCCACACGCCUGUCAUGUUACGGCACACUGGCGCGCAAACUUUACUAUGGCUCAUAACUACUCAUAGGGAAGUAGAGAUCCACACCAUCUCACGAGCAAACGGGUCCGAAGGAUGUCGCCUCGAACCUGCAGAGACUUAGGAUCGUAAGGAUACUACGGCGCCGGGCGAGUACCCGGCGGUCCUCGGCCCUUUCUCAUGAAUACAGGGGCGAAAUUCGCUAUCGAACCCGUGUAUCAGCACAUGACAGUUCCACAGAAGCUCGCGCAGCGGCGUUUACUGCC